GUCGUCGUCACACCAGAGCUCAGGCAGGAGGAAAAAAAAGUCAAGAAAAACACACGAAUCAUCGUCAUCAGCUUCUGAAAGCGAAAAGGCAGAAGAGUCACAAAUUUUUGCUCAGCUCCGGUCGACUAAUUUGCCCUCGUCGUGGCUUCCGUGGCGCUAUGAAAAUUGUGUGCAAAUAGCUGUACAGUUUCGGUUCUCGUCUCGCGGAAAGUCUGCAAAAAUUGCCUGAAACGCAAUCGGUAUUUUUGAGUGCAUUUUCCAUCGGCCAAACAAGUGCGGAUUUGUGUUUCUCCAAUCCGGAUCGGAAAAAUCGGUCGUGAUUUAGUGCAUUGAAAAAGUUAAACUUCGUGGAGGAAUUGAUUUUCGAAGUGUUUUUAUCCAGUCGACCCAGAAGUGAUUGGCUAAUUUUAAUUCGAUCUCGGAAUCAGGCGUUAGCAGUCGAGGUUUAGUGUGCAGCAUGGCGGACUAUUUCGAUGAACUUGGAUGCGAACCGAUCGCUGCGGAACAAACCGAAAACCACCAGCUGAUGCUGAUGGUUCGCUUCCUGCAGCAGAACGGGUUCUUUUCCGAUGAAUUCCGAUCGGAAUCGCUGCCGCCGCCCGCCUCGAAGCAAGUGGUAAAGAAUCUACCGGAAAAGGUCGUGACCAAGGACGACGAACGGUGUACCAUCUGUAUCAAGCCGAACGAAGACGAGAACGAGGUGUUUUUGGUACUGCCCUGCAAGCAUGACUUCCACAAAUCCUGCAUUUUGCCUUGGUUGGAGAAGACAAACAGUUGUCCCUUGUGCCGACAAGAACUUUUGACCGAUGAUGAAAACUAUGAAGAGCAGAAGAAGUUUCGAGAAAGGGCAGCUCGAAGGGAGCAAGAGAUUGAAGAUCUGCAUAAUUCUAUGUAUGGUUGAAUUAACUUUAAGAUUUGGGUGUUAAUGAGUUUUCUAAACAAAGCAUACACACAUACAUUUCAAUCAAGGGUUAAAAUGGGGUUCAGUACGUUUCAAUUUGUGGGCA